AUGGGGAACGCGGCGGGUAGUUUGGAGAUGUACCCCGGACGGGAUGUUAAACGACCUUUGAGCACUUAUGGGACGAAACAGCCACCGGCCCCUAAACUCCCCGUACCACCUGAGGAGGAAUUAGAAGAGAGGUUCAGCAUUGUUUUGAACUCUAUGAAUCUUCCACCCGAUAAAGUGAAACUGCUCUGUCAAUACGACAAUGAGAAGAAAUGGGAAUUAGUUUGUGAUCAGGAACGGUUUCAGGUGAAGAAUCCUCCAUCUGCUUACAUUCAGAAACUGAAGGCUGUAUUAGACCAAGGAGGAGGCAGAAAGUUUAAGAGGCGGGUGCAGGAGUCCACACAGGUUCUGAGAGAGUUAGAGAUCUCCCUGCGCACCAAUCACAUCGGAUGGGCUCAGGAGUUUUUAAAUGAAGAAAAUAAGGGCUUAGACGUGCUGGUAGAUUUCCUCUCUUUUGCUCAACGUGCCGUCACAUAUGACAUGGACAGCUCUGAUAGUGGAAGUUUUGAUGAGAAAUCAGUGGAAGACCUGACUGCAAGUGCAACAAACUCCCCUACCCACAAUUCCCCGCGCUCAGGACGCCCCUUCACUUCAAGGAAAGCUUUGCGUUACUCUCGUCUGCUCAGUCAGAAGAAUCAUCUUCAUCUGUGCAUCAUGUGUCUGCGUGCCAUCAUGAAUUAUCAGUUAGGGUUUAAUCAGGUGAUGGCUCAUCCCAGCUGUGUCAAUGAAAUCACUCUCAGUCUCAACAACAAGAGUGCCAGGACUAAAGCUCUGGUUCUGGAGCUUCUUGCAGCUGUGUGUCUGGUUCGAGGAGGACAUGAAAUGAUUAUUGCAGCCUUUAAUAAUUUCAAAGAGGCGUGUGGAGAAAAGACUCGAUUUGAAAAACUGAUGGAUUAUUUAAAACAUGAAGAAAGCAACAUUGAUUUUAUGGUGGCAUGUAUGCAGUUUAUCAACAUCAUAGUGCACUCUGUAGACAACAUGAACUUCAGGGUGUAUUUACAGUAUGAGUUUACACAACUAGGAUUAGACGGUUGUCUAGAGAGGUUAAAUGCUACUGAAAGCGAGAGAUUACAGCUACAAAUUCAAGCAUAUCUUGAUAAUUUGUUCGAUAUUGGAGCGAUGUUAGAAGACGUAGAGGCCAAAAACACAAUAAUGGAACAUCUAGAAGAGAUGCAGGAGGAAAACACACAGUUAAAUUUGAGACUACAAGAGUGUGAAAAUGAAGCAGAGAAGAAGACAUCUGAACUUGAGAAACAACUCAUACAGAGCGCCAAAGAAGUCGAACUUCUAAAGGAAAGUCUGAAGGGAGCGUGCGCUCAGAUCUCCCAGCUCCAGCAAAGGGAGAAAGAAAGAGAGAUAGAGAUUGAGAAAGAAAAGGAGAAAGAGCGAGAAAGACAGAGCUCUGCCAAAAGUUUAAAUGAACUGGAGAACAUGGUUCAGAUUCUCGUGGAUCGAGGUCUGAUCCGCAUGGAGAGAUCCGACUCCGGCUCUCUGGAUUUACAAAUCAUAGCUGCCACAAACACUACUGAUAAGACUUCUACAGGAAACACCUCCUCACCUCAAGCUCCGCCUCCAGCCCCUCCACUUCCAGUCGUUAACGCCCCUCCUCCGCCUCCUCCUCCUCCACCCCCUAUGAGUACUGCUCCGCCCUCUUCACCGUUACCUGGAAGGGCAAGUACAGUAGUGACAGGUGUUAAAGGUAAGAAGCCGAUCCACACCAAGUAUCGUAUGCCUCUGCUGAACUGGCAGGCUUUAAUGGCAGAACAGGUGGCUGGUACCGUCUUCACUGAACUGGAUGAUGAAAGUGUUCUCGGGGAACUAAACAUGGAAGUUUUUGAGGAGAUGUUCAAGACCAAAGCUCAGUCCGCCCCUGUUGAUGUUGGAACUAUAAAAAUAAAAGUGGCACAAAAAGCAUCGAGUAAAAUCUCAAUACUGGAGCCCAACAGGGCCAAAAAUCUCGCCAUCACACUGCGGAGAGGAGGCAUGAGCGGCGCUCAGAUCUGUGAUGCCAUUAAAACGUGUAAUCUUAAUUUGUUAAACUCAGAUUUUCUGGAGCAGUUGGAGCGUUUCAUCCCGUCUGAUUAUGAGUUGAAAAUGAUUCAGAAUUUUGAACGUGAGGGACGGCCACUGGCGGAGCUGUCGGAGGAAGACAGAUUCAUGGUGGCUUUUAAUAAAAUCCCACAUCUGUCACAGAGAAUCAGCACUUUGACAUUCAUGGGCAAUUUCAGCGAGAGCAUCCAACUUUUACAGCCGCAAUUGAAUGCAAUAAUCGCUGCGUCAAUGUCAAUCAAGUCCUCCAGCAAACUCAAGAAGAUUUUGGAGAUCAUUCUUGCAUUUGGGAAUUACAUGAACAGUGGGAAACGAGGCUCUGCCUAUGGGUUUCGACUCCAAAGUCUUGACCUGCUUCUGGACACAAAAUCCACCGAUCGAAAACAGACGCUACUUCACUUCAUCGUCGCCAUCAUACAAGAGAAAUAUCCACAUCUCCAAAACUUUCACACUGAGCUACAGUUUCUGGAUAAAGCUGCACUGGUGUCUCUGGAAAGCAUCGUAGCAGACGUGCGCUCGCUUGAAAAAGGAAUGGAGAUGGUCCGAAGAGAGUUCAACCAACAGAAAGACAAUGUUGUCCUCAAAGACUUCCUGACCAAAAACAGCGACCUGCUGGACAGUGUGGUCCAAGACGGCAAAACUUCACAGGAAGUCUAUCACUCGGUUGUGGAAUAUUUCGGAGAGAAUCCCAAAACCACACCCCCAUCCGCCUUCUUCCCAGUUUUUGCAAGGUUCAUCAAAGCCUAUAAGCUGGCCGAGCAAGAAAACAUGCAGAGAAAGAAGAACAUCUCAGAAAAUGACCACAGUACAGACUUACCCAAAUCUGACCCUCCUAUCAGCAUAUCUAUGAAUCAUAAGGUGCCCAUGUUGCCACGGUUACCGCAGAUGGAUCUGAUCUCAGAGCUGAAACGCAGGCAGAUGUCACCGCUUCUACGAGAGGGCAAAGAUGGAGCCAUUGAGGACAUCAUCACAGCUCUGCAUGUUGUGCCGUUUGUGGCGCGUUCAGGGAAACGCUCUUCUCGUCUGCUCUGUGAUUCUACUUUCAGCGAAGCGACUUCUGUAUAACUUUCUCUUUAUCUGUCGCUGAAGAUUUGAGAAAUCAGCCAUAUAUCAGAGCAGACGGAGCCAGGCGAAGCGCCAAAUGGAAACCGGCUCAGCAUCUUACCGUGUCCUCGGAUAUCUCCCUGUGAACUCCAUGAAGAAAAAUGAAGCCAAAAACAGUUUACAAUUAUUUCAACUUUCAUAUUUAAAUAAACUCUAAAUUAAGAACAGUUUACUAUUUAUGUAAAAUUUAGCAGUUUGUAGGGAUGUGCCAGGAUUAAGGCUGCAUAACGAUUAAUCACAACUAGGGAUGCAUAACGAUUAAUCGCAAUUAAUCUAUAGCAGAAUAAAAGUUUUUGUUUACAUCAUAUAUGUGUGUGAACUGUGUGUAAUAAUUAUGUAUAUAUAAAUAUGUACACAUGCAUGUAUCAUUUUAAGAAAAAUAUAUAUUUAUAUAUAAUAAAAAUUAUACAUUAAUAUACAAAUGUACAUACACAUGUAAACAUUUCUUAAAUAUAUACAUUCAUGCAUGUGUGUGCAUUUAUCUAUACAAAGUUAUUAUACACAGUUCACACACAUAUGA